GCUCCGAGCCCAGCAACAACACCAACCGAAGCGCCUUUCUCCACACCUCUACUUUUCUGACAUGUUAUCAACACAAGUUCACGAGUCCACGCUCUAAAUCCUGUCGACGUUGGCUACGAUCCGGACGUCGGCUCCUGAAAAAACGAAGAGACGAAAUUGAUGCAUCUCGCUGUACGUCGCGGCUUGUUUUGACCUGCUAAAAAGAAUCCUGCUAGAGGAUUAGCGGACCGUCAAUGAGGAACUACCGGCUCAUCUUUUGCCACAACCUGAAGCAGCCCUAGAUGUUUUACCCUUUCACUGGUGUGGGGAGGAGCGGAUAGAACACACUUUAACUGCUACACGACGUCAGGCCUCGGCAGGGUUGUGGUGAGGAGGAGGAGCGGGCCAUGAGGAAGAGCGUGUCUCCGUUGCCAGGCGACGAAGGUGGGAGCUCGGCCAACACCACUCGAGUCUUCGGCGUCCCGUUGGAGGAGGUGACGCACGCACACACCGUCAGUGGACACGAGGUCCCAGCGCUGGUCAAACACAUCGUAGAGUACAUCGAAGAGCAUGGCGAUCUAGACGUGGAGGGCGUGUUCCUGGUGAAUGGUAAUGCGGAGCGCGUAGAGUGGCUGCGUCAGAGGUACGACAGCGGGGAGGAGGUACAGCUGCAGCGGGAGGCGGACCUGGCCUCAGCCGUGUCCCUGCUCCGACUCUUCCUCCAGGAGCUGCCGGAGCCCAUCAUCCCUACCGCCAUGCAGGCACACAUCCUGCAAUUGCACCAAGAUUACAGUGGUGAGGAGGAGCAGUGCAGAAGGCUAAAGUUCCUUCUCCAGCAGCUGCCUCAGGUGAACUACGGGCUGCUCAGGUUCUUGUGCCGGUUCUUGUCCAACGUGGCGUCUCUGCAGCAGGAAAGCUGGAACGUGGAGGCACUGGCAGCUGUCUUCGGACCAGACAUUUUCCAUCUGUCCACAGAAGCAGAGGACCUCCGGGAGCAGGAGAGUGUGAGCCGAGUGCUGGCAGAGCUGCUGGAUAACCAGGAGGGACUGUUUGACUCGGAGGAGGAGGACGUGUCCACCACAAAUGACUACAGCUCCAUUAAUGAACAGAUCACAGAGCUGCUGGACGACGACAAGUGUGAAGCCGAGUGUGAAGAGCUGCCUCAGGACGGAGACGAAGGCUCCUCCGACUCACUACAGCACCCUAACCCCAAAGCUGGCCCUGCCUCCAGCUCCCACCUCUCUCCUAUAUCCAUCUUGCCCGCCGACUCAGCGCAGAUAAUCCAGCAGACCAUCCGGGCAGCCGUGGAGCACCAUCUCCUGGAGUUGAAGACCUCCAUCAACCAAGACCUGGGCAGUUACGCAAAGCAGAGGAUUAGCGCAAAGGAAGCAUGUGGUCGCCAUGGUGACAAAGAGCAACAAACAGAAACGGAAGAUCUUUUGUGUGACGGAGAUGAAGAGACCCCAGCUGAGCAAAGUCAAAGAGAUGAAGAGGAUUCAGAGGCCACCCCAGAGGAAGGCUCCGGGAUGGACUUGGAUCAAAAUAACAUUAAUACUGCCAGGCAGGACAAUCAAACCUGUAAUAUCAUGGAAGAAACUGACAAUGGAUGCUGUGACCUGGAUCCAUGCCAGUGUGAUCAGAAUGCCAACACCAGCGAGCCCAAUAAAAACCACCUGUCGCCGUGCCAACCACAUACAGGCUCCUCCCCUCACCUGCAGCUGUUCCCUGACAACCAAUGGGAAGCACCAUCCCCCCCUCAUGCCCACCUCCCUCCCAUAGACUUCUCAUGUAUGCACCUGCAGAAAGAAGGCCAGGAUCCCAUCCCGGCGUUCAUGUCCUGGCAGGGGGAGAGUGACAGUGGAGAGGCCCAGCUGUCCCCCCUGGCCGGUCGCAUGGUGCCGCUGCCCCCCCUGCUGCUGGCCGAGGAGGGCGAAGAGGAAGGCACGAGCCAGGAGCUGUCCCCCUCCUCUAGCUAUGCACACCCACACGGGCUGGCCAGAAGGUUCCUGGACUUCGGAGCUCACAGCGCCCAGAGGUUUCUCCAGCAGGACCCAGACAGCACCUCUCCCACCAAAACACACAGCAGACCCCGACGAGCAUCAUUUGGCUCUAAAGAGGCCAUGAGAGGAGACUCAGUCACACACCAGCUCACCAAGAAGCUCCAGCAUCUGAAGAAGAAAAUCAAACAAUUUGAAGAGCAGUUUGAGAAGGAAAGAAAUUAUAAGCCCUCUCAUGGAGACAAAGCAGCUAACCCCAAAGUGCUCAAAUGGAUGACUGACCUGACCAAGAUUCGACGUCAGAUUAAAGGACGCCAGCACCACCUAUUUCCCAGAAGCUCGUUGCGGCACCAGGCUUUGCUGCACUCACACAGACGUCAGCCCCCUCCUCCCCCCUCCUCCUCCCCCCUUCACACACUCACCCCCCUGUGUCACCCCGGCCCCGCCCCCUGCCCCAGAGCGUUCGGCCUCAAAGCCAAACAGCGAGCAGAGAGUGAGCUGGGCCCUCAGACCCGCCCACGGAGCAACACUCUCCCCAAGAGCUUCGGCUCCACUCUGGACCAGGCCCCUCACACCAGCAGCAGCAGCAGCAGCAUCGUUGCGGAGGAGGGCCCCCACCCCACCAGAGAGGAGACGAUGGAACUCAUCCAGAGGAGGGUCAAGGGGAAGAGAGAGGAGGACUGCUGGCCUGAGGACAUCAAGAAAAUGACUAAGGAGCAGCUGUCAUGUGAGAAAACGGUCCUUCAGAAAAAUCUGCUGCACUAUGAAGGAAUCCACGGGCGGCCCGUGACCAGAGAGGAGCGUCUGGUGAUGAAGCCUCUGUACGAGCGCUACAGGCUGGUCAAACAGAUGCUCACCAGAGUCAGCAUUACUCCUAUCACAGUGUCCCCCUCCAGCAAGAGACGAAGUCAGAUCCUACAGCCAAUCAUUGAGGGAGAGACGGCCCACUUCUGGGAGGAAAUCAGAGAGGAGGAAGAAGAGGAGCAGAGAGGAAGCGGGGCCACUGAAGAAGAGCAAAGGGAGGAGGAGAGAGAAGAGGAGGAAGACGAGGAUGAAGAAGAGGAUGGAGAGAGCAGCGGAGGAGAGACGCCCAGCCCUGAUGUCAUCAUGCUCACCCACCCCAUCAGCCAAUCAAACCAGAGCUUGAGCCGAUCCGAGCCAAUCAGAAGCAAACUGGAGGAGGGCUCAGGAAAGCUGGCCAUGGAUCUGCGGCUGUCCAGCUCUAACGCCUCGUCUAUGCCUGAGCUGCUGGAACAGCUGUGGAAGACCAGAGCAGAGAAAAAGCAGCUGAGGAAGAUCAUCCGAGAGUUUGAGGAAGAUUUCUAUCAGCAAAAUGGAAGAAAUGUGCAGAAGGAAGACCGGCUGCCUAUGCUGGAGGAGUACAGGGAGUACAAGAAGAUCAAGGCCAAACUCCGCCUGCUGGAAGUCCUCAUCAGCAAACAAGACUCCUCCAAAUCCAUCUGACCCUUCCCCUCUCUCUACUGCCUGCAUCCACUAAACAUAACACUGAGCUCACUUUAGACAGGGCAAAAGUGUGUUGUCACAACCUUUUAAUGUUCAAACGAAUAUCAGACCUAAUUACACUUGCAAAUUAAACUACAUGGUCAGUGAAACAACCCAACAGACUUGCUAGUAUAAGUAUUUGGAGUACUAACAUAUGCCAAAAUCUGCCAUGUAGCCUUGAAGAUUAUAAGCUAAAUGCAGAUUUCUAUUCCGAUUGAAAAGUGGUGUUUUAUUUGAAAUCGUUUGCCAAAACACAACGCUCCAAAGGAUGAUUUCUGCCCCUUUUUGAACCUGCUGCAUAUCCUGCGUUUGCCUAUUCACCAAACAACAUCACGACUGAAAACUGUGGAUUCAUUUCUGUUAAAAGAAAAACUCUUUUGUUUGGCAUUCUUCAUACUGAGGAAUCGUACGGACAGCUCAAAGACUGGCUCUUCUCAAGACUAUGACCCAUUGACUGUUAUUGCUUUGUCAUAAACUCUUCAAAUUGAAAUAUCGGGACUAUUUUCUGUGUUCUUUGCGUGUGUGCAGCACAAAAUCACAUGCUGCAUGUUUUCAUUUCUCUGUCGCUCCUCUGGGCUUCUGAGUAGAUUUUUUACUGUUGAAAUCAUCAGAAAAACACCAUUAUUGAUCUAUGACUUCAAUGAUUUGGAGGACACCAUGAACACAGUUUUUUGUUUUUUUGUUUUUGUUUCUUAAAUUUGUGCUAAUUAGCCAUUCUACUCAUUUAGGUGCUAACAGUGGUGGGCAAUAUAUCGUCUACAUGGUAUUGCGCUUUUAUCUGCUAUAUAGUUAUAACCUAUGACACCCAUGGAUCAUUGUUAUAAUUUGCCCAUCACAAUAUAAUAUCACAAUAAUUUUCAAUCACAAAACAACUUAACAGAAACAAGUCCACUGACUUCCACGUUAGAAAACGGCAGUGCCCAGUGGAAACAAACGUUGCCAUAAACAUCAUCACAAUAAAGAGCCCUGUGACUGUCGGCACCCUAUCGAUAGCAGCACUUCACGCUAGCGAGUAGAUUUUUAUUUUUUUCAUUUCUACCAAAAUGACUAUGCGACAUGGACGAAUCCUACGUGUAUCACUGAUUAAGAAAAUAAAUUUGAUGAACAAAGUAAGUAAAGCAGUGGGCGUAUGCUGCUGGCGGUGAAAACGGGAGUUGAUCGCAAUAUGGAAGUGAUUAAAGAUUCCUCAAACAUGCACAAAUCACUCCAAAUAACUUUGAGAGGAUAUAUGAGAAGUGAAAACUAUAACAUGGUUAUAGAUUUUGCAUAAUCGGUCUACUUUAAUAUAUUUUUUUGGAGCUGGGUCAUCUAUAAUAAAACUGUCAAAAAAUUGAACAGAAACUAAUAUAUUUUGUGUUUAUGUCCAUUCACAAUUGUUUGAUACGUCCAGCUCAACCAAGACAUUUAUAGACAUGUUCUACAGAUGGACUGUGAAAAUAUGAUUUGAUUAUUGUUAUCAGAAGAAUCCAAAAAAAUGAGAGAUUAUUAGCCACCCCUUGGAGCUGCUUAAAGAGAGAUUUUGACAGAAUGCAUUUACAUUUAAAAUUCUGUAGCCUUUUGCAGUUGUUCAGUCAUGUCCUGCUGGCGGGGUAAGGUUUGGUUAAUGCUAAUACUUUGAAGUAGCCAUUAGACUUUAUGUGGAUAUGAGCAAGAAGCUAUAUAACAUAAUAUCAAACUAGUGUGUGUUUAAAUUUCCAGUGCUUUGAAAUCUGAGUAAAACUAAAUAACAAUUCACAUGCUUGGUUUUAUAUAUAUACACACACAUUUGUCCAUACAAGUGAUUUUUUUUAUCUCUAUUAGUGCAAUUGGGAAAGGCUGUUAUUUGAUAUUUUGCAGGGCAUUUGUAGGAGCACUAGACAAGUGGUACAAAAAGACUUGAAGUGGGACUUGACACAAACCUUUUUUUUUUUUUUUUUUGCAACACAUCUGUGUAAAUUGUAUUAGUUUUCUUUUUUUAUUUUUUAUUUCAGUCCAAACUAGGUUAACCAAACUAGGUUAAUUUGCAGCUUUAUGAUCUAAAAGGACUCUCCUCCUCCCUCACACUCCCCUUUAGUCCUCCAGACCCCCCUUCCUGCUGACACGCUUCCCUUGAAUCCUCCAGACCCCACUCCCCUUUCAAUCUCCCGUUUAGCCACCCCCUGCUCUCCCCUCCCUUCAGGCACUGCCCAUUUAAAGAGCUCACUCGAACUGUGGGUUGUGUUUAGGUGUUUAGUCCCACUUUAAAUAUUGAUUACGACCCAUAUCCUGCAGUAGUAGCGAGAGGAGGCGUGUGAUUGACUGACUCUGUGUAGAGUUAAAGACAUUAAUUGCACAGCGUUCAUUGAAGAAUGCAGCCCUAGUGUGUUUUGUGUUAAUUUCCUAAAAAGAAGCACUACUCCUAUUAAAAUAUAUAGUGUAAAUAGAUCCACUCGAAGGAAUGAAUGUCACAAAUGUUUAAAUUAUUUCAAACAUCGUCCAUUUUGGUUCAUAUGUGAUACCCAACAAUGUGUUUUUUAUUAUUCUAACUGUUAUAAAUACUGCUAUUAUUGUGUAUCCCAUUGUUGGUGUGCUAAUGAUCUUUUUGUAUUUGUACUCACUGUAGUUAGCCUUAGCACUUUGUGGCUAAUUCAUGCGUUUAUUUUGAGAUUUUGUUGAUUGCUUUGUAUAAAAUAAGCUAAUCUAGAAGCAGUACUGUAGUGAGCUUGCAUGGCAACAUUAAAAUAUAAAUAUCAAUGUAUUGUUUCUAUCAUUUGUGCCAUGAAAAGCAGCAAUAACAACAUUUUCGCAUGCAUUGAGUUGGACCUCUAUAAUCCAUGUGUGUAUAA